UUGAACACACAGAAGGAAAAAUGCAGAGACACUAUACAACGAAGCCGGCCUUGGAGCUGAUCCUGGCGGACACAAGCCCGUGUGACUCAGAAGACGAAGAGAUACACCUUCAGGUGGAUUCAGACUCUGAGCAGUCUUCAGAUGAGGAGACUUCCACUCUUCCUCCAGAAAAGAGAGCUCGGUUGGAGGGUGAGCCGACAGAAAUCGCUAAAGAUGGUACAGAGUGGCGUGAAGAACAGCUGGGGACACAUCUCCAUUUCACUCCAAUAGAAGCAUACGACGCAGCUGGAGAGCCAACAGCUAAGGCCAGGAGAAGUACCGGGAGUCGUCUUCAGAGCUUCCUGUGUUUCAUUACGCUCGACAUGCUUCGAAGGAUUCAGCAAUGGACAAAUCAGCAUGCAGGGCAAACGGAGCAAGUGGAUUGGUUCAUGGACCUCCCAGAACUGAAGGCAUUUAUUGCAGUCAUAAUCUUGCGGGGGGUGACCCAUGUUCCAUCCCUACGUUACAGCUGGUCCGCCAAUCUGGGAAACCCACACAUCAUUGCUACUAUGGCCCGAAACCGCUUCCAAAACAUCAUGCAACAUCUACGCUUUGAUGUUCACACGCAGCCAGAGAGCAGAGGUUGAUAGGUUUGAGGCAAUUUCGGAUGUUUGGGGAUCUUUCGUCAAUAACUGCAUCUCAUCCUACAACCCUG